CACGGCCUUUUAAAAAUAUGGUAGCUGUGCUACCCGUUGGUGACGUGUGAUGCACAGUUUAAUAUUUAAUGUUCUUGUUAAUUUAUCAAAUUUUAACUAUAUAUCUUUUAGCCAAAGGAUACUAGAUAAUUCCAAUAUUUAUUUUUUAUAGUUUUAGUAAGUUAAAAUGAAAUAAAUUUUCAAAAUAAAAGAUGGCAAGCGAUUCCCAAGCAAGAGAAAUCUUAUAUGUUGUUUUGUUAUGUUUCGUUUGGUAUGGUGUGAGCUCUGGAAACGGGGUAAUACUCAAAACAGUUUUAAAUGAUUUUCCGUAUCCAAUAACAGUUACUAUGGUGCAACUUCUCACUGCUACUGUGCUGUCUGGACCUUUAUUUAGCCUUUGGGGUAUUCGAACUGCUAUUGACAUAAAUAGGACUUACUAUUGGAAAUUAAUUGUGCCUUUGGCAUUUGGCAAAUUUUUUGCUUCUGUGUCAUCUCAUGUCAGUAUUUGGAAAGUGCCUGUAUCUUAUGCACACACUGUUAAAGCAACCAUGCCUCUUUUCACAGUUAUUCUUUCUAGAAUUAUAUUGAAUGAAAAACAAACAACAAAGGUGUAUCUUUCACUGAUACCUAUUGUAAUUGGAGUGUUAAUUGCUACAGCUUCAGAAAUAUCUUUCGACAUGAUUGGUUUAAUAAGUGCAUUAUUAGCUACCAUGGGUUUCUCUCUACAGCAUACAUUUUCCAAAAAGGUUCUCUGUGAAACCAAUAUUCAUCAUUUACGUCUUCUUCAUAUACUUGCUAGACUAGCUUUCCUAUUUUUUAUGCCAGUUUGGCUAAUAUAUGAUUUUAGAAAAAUUAUGCGCGAUGAUGAUUUGUUUCAACAAAAGGACAAAUUUACAAUCUAUUUCCUAUUGUUUGCGGAUGGCCUAUGCAAUUUUGCACAAAACAUAGUAGCAUUCAGUUUGAUAUCUUUGGUGUCACCACUCACAUAUUCUGUGUGCAAUACUGCAAAAAGAAUAUCAGUUAUUGCAGUAUCACUCAUAGUUCUUGGAAAUCCAGUGACAGCAGUAAAUUUCUUCGGAAUGAUGCUUGCUAUAUUUGGCGUACUUCUGUAUAACAAAGCUAAAUAUGAUGCUAAUCAAGCAAAGAAGAAGGCAGCUUCUUUGCCAUCCUAUAUUGCUCACAAAGAAGAUGUGAAUCUACUAUUGAAGUAUGAUGAUGAUCAUCAUAAUACUGUGAUAAGCAAACUGUAUCCAGCAUCUGUGCCAAAGAAAAAUGGAUAUGUUCGUUUGCAUCAAAUGAUGAAUGGCUCUCCAAAUUUACAGAAUGUUUGAAAUGAACUUUAUUUUAGGUUUAUUUAUUUAUUGUAUAAAUUAUUAAUCUGCAUCCACAAAAUUAGUUUCAUGUAAAAAUUACAUCACAAGUUGCAUUAAGAUGUACAGGUCAAUUAUUAUAAAGCUCUCUUGAGAAUAAUAUAUAUAUAUUUAGCUUUUAGAAAAAUGAAUUAGAGAUUGUAUAUUUAUUGAGAAAUAUUGAGAGGUUUUGUACUUAAAUAUUCUUUGGGUUGUUUUUAUUUUUAUUGUUAUUUCUUUUCUGCAUUGAAACAAUUUUUCCCCUUCUAGUCUGAUUUUUUUAAAUUAUUUCAACAAUUUGCUGCCACAUUUUUAAUUGUUUUCUUCAAAUCUUUUCUAAAAUUUAUUUUCCAACGGUUUGCACUAUAUUUUUGGGAGGAAAGAUCUGUUAGCAAUUAAAUGUUCCACAUAUCAUAAAUUAAUUGAAUCAAUUGCUUUCUUGUUAAUCAAAUUGUUGUAAGUGGUUAUGGACCUUAGUAAAUUGUUUUUAAUUUUAUUCUUUUCAAAGUUUUUCUAGAAAUUUAUCUAUAUGUAGAUUAUAUAGUGCCAUGCUGUUGAUUUUAUGUGAUUUCAUUAUUUUAAUAUUGGAAGGGAAAAAUAUGUUUUGUAUUUAUCAGAUUUAGAGGGAAUUAAUGUAUUACAAUAUUGUUCUUCAGUAUUACAAUAUUGUUCGAUGUAAUUUCAUUUUAAUAUUGGAAGGGAAAAAAUGUUUUGUAUUUAUCAGAUUUAGAGGGAAUCGAUGUAUUACAAUAUGGUUCUCAGUUUCCAAAAUUAAUUUUUAUGCUUUCAAAGUAAUCGUAUAAGAAUCUCAUUCUAAUGCCUAAUUUUGAAUUUUAAAAAAAUUAUUACUUAAUAUUUGAGUUAAAAUCAUAUUUGGAUGUAUUGUAAGUUAACUUAGAUGCUAAGAUUUCAAAUUUAAAAAUUAAAUUUGAAAUUUUUUAAAUGAAAUUAUCUAGUUUUUAUUUGUUUUUAUGUUCUCUUAUAAUUGUUAUAAAGAAACUGCAUUCAAAAUCUGUAAUGUGCAUGUUUUCUGUUUAAAUUAUUUAUAUAACAGAUUUUAAUGUUUUUUAUCUGGUGAAUAUUUAUAAAAUGAAUUAGAUGAUCAUUAAUGCUUUAAAAAUUAAUUUGCAUUUAUUUCCAUUGCUACAUUUUCUUUAAUUUAUGAAUAAUUUAUCAUUAAAAACUCAUUUGCAACUGUGCAGAUUUAUAUAAGUAAAAAAUUUUUUAAUUAUGUUGAAACUUAAUCAUAUUUAACUAUCAACUCAAAAAAUGCAUCUUUAAUUUAUUCAUAUUUGUUUCUGUUUUUUGGGAAAAUGCUCUUCAUAAUAUAAGCUAAUUAAACUUUGUGAUAUGCAAUUAGAACUGAAACUUUCUCGUAAAUUAAACUUUUAAAUAAAUUUUGAAAUAUUUUGUACUACUAAUUUAUCUGACUAGUAGCGAGGAAAAUUAAAUUUAAGAAUAGUAUCUAUCUCUAAAUUUCUUGCCAUAUUUAUUUGAAAAGUAUAAAUAUAUAUCUUCUUAAUGUUUUACUUUCUAAUGUAUUGUUAUGUAGGUCUUGAAAUAAACUUUAUUCUUUUCUUUUGAAAUACCAAAAACAGGGUAGUUAGUGUUAAUGUUAUAAUUGUUAUUUAUUUGUCAUAUAAAGUAUAUUUACAUCAAAACUAUUUAUUUCUAAAGAAAAUCAUUAAAACUAUAAAUUAUGCUGAAAGCUUUAUUAUUUUCAUUGCUUUUUUUUAUUUGUCCUUUGUAAAUUCUGAUAUUCAAGAACUUUAAUUUGCAAUAUUAUGUAUUAUGAAUUAGUAUUAAUUAUCAAUCACUACUAUUAAAACUGAUGAUAGCUCAUAUUAUUAAUUACAAAUAUCAGUAUUAUGAAUGCUCAUUUUUUUUUCUUUGCAUGUUAACUUAUUUAUAUUGUUACUUAUUUAAAUUUCUGUUCCUCACCCCUUUAAAUUUUUGUCAAAUUAUUCUUCAUAUAUGUAAAAUUGUGGCACUAUGGAAUUAGCAUUUCUUCAUAAUUAUUAUGUAUAUACGAAAAUACCUCUAUUAAUUCAUUCAUUGCUGUCAUUGAAGUUUUAAUAUUUUAUUCAAUAUUUAUUAAAAAUCAUCAAAUUUAAAACAUACUUUAUGAAUUGAAUGUUGGUGACACUUCUGUUAAAAAAAUAAUUCUAAUUAUUUCUGCCAUGUGUAUAAAAGAGCAAACUGGACAAAUGGAUUGUUUUAUAUAUUUUUUCGUUCUUUGAAAGUUAUGUAUAGAAUUAAAUAGAAUUUUAAAUACAGAGUUGCCUUCACUUUUAAUAAUUCUGAAAAAUGCAUUCCUUGCAUUUACUUGAUUGGGAAUGGUGUUUUAGAUUGUAAAAAAAUUAAAUAAGUAAACUGAGUCUUAUUUUUUUUUUU